AUGGACUUCAUAGAAUUCGAUAGUUUCACUGCGGAUGAAGAUGUUAAUUUGCCGCAGCCUCAGCCUGCAUUAUCAUUACCACUAUCGACAAAUUUAGAAUCAUUUAGUAAAAAAAUCUCAAAUUUCAAUUUAUCAAAAAGUUUUAAACCAAUAAACACAAGAAUAAAUGUUGAUGAUGAAAACAACAGUGCAGAAAAUGAGUUAAUGAACAAAUAUGCAGAGUUAUCAUUAAAUUUAGUGAAAGAUUUGGUGAAUAAUGGAACAACGAAAGAAGAACUUCAGUCAACUGCAAAGACAGAUUCCAUGGCUUUGAGACUAUCAAGAGUGUUUAAUGACCCUUUAAGUGAUUCAAAUCUACGAGAAAUUUUUGCGAAUUUUGAUCAUUACGAUUCUCAAUACAUUCAAAAGUUAGUGGAUUCGGGAUUCGUAGGUACUAUGUCAAGAAAAAAUUUGAAAAGUAAAAUAGAACAUGAACUAAUCAAGGAUCAAAUGUCAAUAUUGAAAGAGCACCAGCCAGUGAUUAAACAAUUAAAAACAGUGGAGUCUAAAUUAACGAAGUUAAAUGAAUUGAAUACUACCACAAAUGAAAGGGUAAACAAAAAUUCAAAAAGUCUGAGUGAAUUCAAUGCAAAGGUGCGAAAAUUGAAUAAUGAUAAACAGUUAAUUGAAUUGAAAAAAAAUUUACUAAAAGUUUUUAAAGAAAAGUUUACAUUGAAUGAAUAUGAAGAAUUUACUUUGACUCAGGGGGAAAUGAAUGAUGAAUAUUUUCAUAUUUUGAAAAAGGCUGAAAAAAUAGUUGAUGAAUGCUCAAUACUAUUGUCUGAAGACAACCCUCAACUAGGUUUGAAAAUUAUGUCUAAGAUGAAUUAUAUAAUGAAUAAGUCAAUUGAUAGAAUAAUAAGUUAUUGUAAUAAGACUUUGGAUAAUUUGUACUCAUUAAGUUCAAAAACAAGGUUGAAAUUAUUGCAUGAAUGUUUCCAAUAUCUUAAAACAAAAGAACAAUUCCAUCAAAUAAUUGAUAAAUUUUCUGAUACGAGGUCAAAGUUGUUAUUGGAUGAAUUUCAACAUCAAGUUCAUGGCCCACUGGAACUUGAGUCCAGGCCAGCAAUGGAUCGAAGGUCUAGUACAAAAAGCUCAUUGUCUAGUGGCGUGGUUGAAGCAAGACCAAUCUUUAUGUCGGCUCAUGAUCCAAUACGGUUUAUCGGUGAUUUUUUAGCUUACGUCCAUUCUAUUGCAGUUAACGAGUCAGAAACAAUUUCUAAUAUUUUUACAAUGGGAAACGAUGAUGAUCAUGAAUUUGACGAAACGAUACAAAUUAUUACAAACAAAGUUUUAAAAUCAUUAUCUAAGCCAAUAAAGUCUAAAAUUGAACAAGUAAUAUCGAUAGAGUCAAAACUUGGUACUAUAUAUCAAAUAUUUAACCUCCUUGAACUUUAUUCCAUAAUGUUUCAGAAGCAAUUACGAGAAUCUGACAAUCUAAUUAUAACUAUAAGGAACUUAGUUACAACCUGUCAAGAUCGUAUAUUCAUGAUCAUUUCCAACAAAAUUUCAACAAUAAGUUCAAGUAAUCUGGCUAGAUUGGAAUUAAACCAUGAUUUGCAACCACCUGAAUGGAUCAUUGGGUUUUAUCUGGAUAUUUUACCGAUGAUUGAUCAGAUGCACACUAAAACCAUUUUAAACUUAUCAGAGGAAGAAGAACAGAGAUUUCUAAAAUUGAUAAUAAGUCAGCCUAUAUCAAUCUUCAAACUGCAUGCUGACGGGAAUAAACACUUUUCAAAAAUGGAUUCAUACAUAAUGGAAUAUAAUUUUCUUGACUUAGUUCGAUCUAAAAUCAUGCCCAUUUCUUUAUUGUCAGAUAAAGCUCUAGAAAUCAAUGAUUUAGCGACAGAAUUAGCACAAAAGUUGACAGCACUAAUAUUUGAGAACAUUUUGAAGAAAACUCAAUUAUAUGAUUACUUUAACAUUUUAAAUAUGAUCUGUCCUUUAUCUGAUGAAUACUUCGAUGUAUCGAUUUAUGAACCGAUAAAGGAAAAUAAAUUAAUCAAUUCUGAAAAACUUAAAGAGGUCAAUACGAUACUCCAAGAUUAUAUGCCAAAUUUAAUGAUUGAAGUUCAGCAGCAAUUAUUGAAAUUAAAUUCUCCAACAAUUGUGAAUGAUAUAAUAGCCGAAUCUUUUUUAAAGUUUAUCAAAUUUUACUACCAAAUAAACCAAAUAAAUCAAGAAGUUUUAAAUUUUUACUUCACUUGGUCGGAUUUUGAUUUAGCUACGAUGUUAGGAGUUGACGAGAUAUACGAGAAAUCUUUUCAAGAUAAUUAA